CAACCAACCCCGUCCGAUUCGUUGGAGCGACCGCCAGACUUGACGCAUAUCCUGAGUUGCUGGGCGCACCGUUCGUCAGAUAAAAACAUGGAAAUCCUGCUCUCUUCCUCGUCUAGCGCAAGUCUUAAUGGUCAUGGCACUCCUAGUAACGGUCUCGAAACCCCAAUACAAAACCAGCAAAACCUUCCAUGUGACUCGGUUGCAGUAUCUCCUCUCCCCACCUCUAAUGGGUAUUCACAUAGAGCACUUAACUCGCACAACGAAGAAAUUAUACAUCAUCUCUAUCAUGCAGGCUUUCAGACCGGCCACUACGCCGACACUAUCCUUAACGUCCGCCAGAACUCGUAUCGUCUUCACGCCAUAAUCCUCUCGCGGUCACCAUUCCUCGCACAUUUAAUGUCCACUUCCCCCCCAGCAGGUGGCCAACGCGUAAUAUAUGUACAACUAGACAACGAACCAGAAGUCACGCAAGAGGGUUUCGUCAUAGCGCUUGGUUACCUUUACUCAUCUGUUUCCAUCGAUCUUAUCCGGCCCGACAAUUCACGAGGCGUUCUGGCGGCCGGAUGCCUACUGGGGGGUAUGGAUGAUCUCUGUGUGUACGCGUACGAAAGUUGCAGGCAGUCCAUCAAUGUGGAGACGAUUCAUGAAUGGCUCGAAUUCGUUGACAGCAUUCCUGGCUCAGACGGAUCACUCGAUCCCGAACAACAAACCCUAACAUCCGUAUUUGGUCAAUACGCGCGGAGGUUGCGAGAUGAUGUAUUCCACUUUCUCGUGGAUACCCUUCCCAAUGUAUUGGAAGUAAAUUCAUCCGCUGUCUCCGAAUCUGGUUCGUCACAAGGCAGGUCGGGACGAGAGACCUUGCUUCAGAUAUUUUCCCUCGUGCCCUUCGACAUGUUCAAGGCGGCUGUUGAGUCCCCGGCCUUCCAAAUAGGUUCAGAUCAAAGUCGUUUUAAAUUUGCAAAGGACGCCGUAGAGCUGAGAAAAAAGGGCAUUGCGCGGGGUCGUGGAGCAGAAGAGACGGUCGUACUUGCCUUUGGUGGUAGUCACAUGGGUGAAAGUGCUGUCCAUGUCACUCGCAAGAUACGAAAACGGCCGCUGUGGAAGGUUAACUCUUAAGCCACCGACGUGCUGUUUUCGACUAUACUGCGUUAUGUUAGGUUUAGUUGAUCAAUGAUCCCACGCCAUGU